UUCGCUGCGCUUCGCUUAAGUUUCCACCGCAACGCCGGGUAACAGGUUGGGAGUUCCCCGCAAAAGUGUUAGCCUCAUUCCCGGGAUUUCAAGAUGAGCUCAUACGGAUCACAAAGAGCCAUCAAUACCUUGGGCAGGAGUACCAUCUCCAGGCCCGAAUUUACCGGUGGCAGCUACGCUUACGCCAGGAGCGACAUGCACGGCGGUAAUGGAUAUGCGGCCGAAUACGCAGGGGGAUACAAUACGCUUUCAUACUCGAAGAGCUCUGUUGGAGGAGGAGGACACACAGGCUCACUCCAGCUCAGUGCCAUUCACCAGAGAGCCUCCAUUCUGCAUGCACAAUGUCAGGAGUACCUGAAGAAGGCAGAGCACUUUCUCCAGUCCGGCGGCGACCCUGCGCGCUCGGCGGCGGAGGCGGAGAAGUACAUGGCCAUGUCCAAGGAGGUGAUCAAACAGCUGAAGGGGUGCGCCUACGACCUGCGUCAGAUAGGACAGCCCAAUGACACUGUCGUGAGGAGUGUGGAGCAGUGCCAGGAGCAGCUGCGAGGGGUCCACUACGCUCUCAAUGGGACCAUCCAGCGUAAAAGGAGCAGCCUCAGCUGGGAAGACCCAGGGCGGAGCUACCACGAGGCCAUCGCCUGGAUUGGUCAGCAGAAGCGCCUGAUAGAGACCUCCCCCUGGGGGGACACCUCGGCUGCCAUUGAGCAGCAGCUGGCCAACCACAGCAAGUUCCACAGCUCCAUCCAGCGCAGCGUGGAGGUGGACAGGGCCAGGGACGAGCUGAUGCAGAAGGGAGACAAAGGUGCUCUGCAUUUACUGGAGCAAGAAUGGGACAGCUUGCAGAAAAUGUCCUUCAACCGAACCAAUCAGCUGAGGGACCUGCAGAUGAUCAUUGAGGAGAUCUCCAAGGAGAUCAUGUGGGUGAACGAACGUGAGGAGGAGGAGCUGGUGUUUGACUGGGGGGACAAGAACAUCGACGACUACAUCCCCAAGAAGCAGGAGAGUUACUCAAAACUUAUGAGUGAGCUGGAAGAAAAAGAGAAGCAUUUAAAUAAACUGAAACAAAAGGUGGAUGGCCUCCUGAGGAACAAUCACCCAGCUGCUGACAAGAUCGAGGCUUACAUGGACACCCUGCAGAUACAGUGGAGCUGGCUUCUUCAGAUCACCAAAUGCAUUCCUGUGCACCUGAAAGAGAACACAGCUUAUAGCCAGUUCUUCAAGGAAGCAAACGAGACGUAUAGCAAACUGCAAAAGGCUCAUGAGAGCAUCUAUAAGAAGUUCACCUGUGAUAAGGGCACAUCACUGGAGAACCUGCUGGAGCUAGUCAAAAGCUUGGAGAAAGAGAAGGAGAGGAUCAUGGAGAAUAAGAGACUGGUGCAACACCUGGUUACCAAGUCCAAGAGCAUUGUGAAGCUGAAGCCUCGCAACCCGGAGGAGAAGAGCACCGGCCCCGUCAUAGUGCGGGCUCUGUGUGACUACAUCCAGGACCAGAAAACCAUCUUCAAAGACAACGAGGGCAUUCUGAAGGACAACUCCCAGCGCAGCAAGUGGCAUGUGACAGGUCCAGGAGGCCUGGACAUGCUAAUCCCCUCCGUGUGUCUCCUGGUCCCGCCUCCCAACCCCAUCAGCAUCAACCUCGCUAACAAAAACGAACAGUAUUACGAAGCCAUCCUGGGGAUCUGGAACCAGCUCUACAUCAACAUCAAGAGCCUUAUCUCCUGGCAGUACUGUGUGCAAGACAUCACCCGCAUCAACUCUCUCACCAUUACCAUGCUUGCGCAGAUGCGGCCAGAGGAGUACCGCAGCAUCAUCAAGAGCCUGGAGACUCACUACCAGGAGUUCCAGCGUCACUCUCACGGCUCAGAGCUGUUCACCGAUGAUGACAAGAGGCAGAUUGAGACCCAGUACACAGGGGCUCAGACCCACUAUGACAAACUGGUGGUGGAUCUGCCCGCAUACACCGCAGCCAAGAAGGAGGAGGAGAUCAAGGCGAAGCAGGUGGAACAGGUGACCAAACAGGAGCCGAAACCCACCCAAAACCUGACCCUGCUGACGGAGCUGCAGGUCCUGAGGCAGAGGCUGGAGGUGGCCGAAACGGGCCUCUCCCAGCACCUCCACCUGCCCCUGGGGGAAGAGGGCCUGCAGGGAUGCUCCCAGCGGAUUGUCCAGCUGGAGGGCCUGCACCAGGACCUCGACUCCAUCCGGGACGAGUACAUCAAGCUGAAGGAGAAGAUCAUGAGGCAGCUGGAGGGCAUGACGGACGCGGACAAGGUCAAGUUCCUCCGGUCUGAGCUUGCUCUCAUCAACCAGAGACUGGGCAGUCUGGAGGGCUACUCCUCCUCCUACAUACAGAGGCUGAAGGCGCUAAUGGCCCUGCUUCAGAGCCUGCUUCAGGCCGAAGACGUGGUCAAGGUCCAUGAGGCCCGGCUGACCGAGAAGGAGACCAGCUCUCUGGACCCGGACGAGAUAGAGGCCUACAGAGCCACACUGAUGGAAAUGAAGUCUGAGCUGGAGCAGAAGUCGAACUUGCUGAGGACAAUGGAAACAGAGCUGAGCAAUGCUGUGAACUGGAACAGCCAAAUAGACCAGUCUUGCCCCAAGUGCACCGUGGACCUCUCCAAGUACUCUGAGCUAGUGGGCCAGAUGUCAGACCGCUGGCAUCGCAUCCAGGCCCAGAUCGACUGCAGGCUAAACGAUCUACAGAAGCAACAGCAUGAGCUCAGGCAAUACCAGCAGACCAGCUCCGCCCUCAGCGGGUGGAUCGAUGACACCCGCCAGCGCCAGGAUGCCCUUCAGGGCACCAAGUUUGAGGACAUCAAAGCCCUCACAGAGCACAUGAACCAGCAGAAGAUCUUGAACUCUGAAAUAAUAGGGAAGAGGGAGGAGGUAGAAGAUGUUCUGAAGGAUGCCAACACAUGUGCAACAUCCAUUAAGGACUACGAGCUAGAGCUGGCCUCCUACAGUGCAGGGCUGGAGACUCUGCUCAACAUCCCCAUCAAGAGGACCAUGCUGCAGUCUCCGGCUACCGUGCUCACCCAGGAGGCGGGUGACUUGCAGGCUCGCUACAUCGAGCUCCUUACCCGCUCCAAUGCCUACUACAAGUUCCUUGGGGAAAUGCUGAAAAACAUGGAGGAGCUGAAGAUCAGGAACACCAGAAUCGACCUGCUGGAAGAAGAGCUGAGACUUCUGAAAGAGGACAUCGAAGACAGAAACCUGAAGAACAAGUCUCUGGAAGACGCACUAGCUAAGUACCAGCUGGAGCUCUCAGAAUCCAAAGAGCAGCUGCUGUCUCUGGAAGAGGUCAAAAGGAGCCAGGUCAUAGAGUGCAACGCCACCAGGGAGAACCUCAACAGCACCAGCAGCCAGCUAGUGGAGCUGCAAGACCAGCUGGCCCGGCUCAACCAGCUCAUCGACGAGGAGAGGAGGAAGAGGCAGCUGGCAGAGGAGACGUACACCAGCCAGCAGGAGGAGUAUGAGCUGAUCAUCAGGAAGAGGCAGAAGGAGCUGGAGGAGGUCAACUGGGCCAAGAUUGACAUCGAGAAGACCAUCAAGGACAAGGAGCGGGAGAUUGAGAGGCUGCGGAUGCAGCUGGAGGACGAGGCCGGGCGAAAACGGGAGGUAGAGGCCGAGCUCUCCAAGGUAAGAAACCAGUGUAACCUGGAAAUAAGUAACCUUAGGAAAACCUACGAGUCCGAGAUCCACAUCACAAAGACCAACAUCCAAAAGAUCACCAUGCAGAAGCAGGAGGAGUCAUCGGGGCUCAAACUGCAGUAUGAAAGCCUGGUAAGUGAGAAGAGGGAGUUGGAGGAAGAGCUUAAGAGACUGAAGCUCUCCAUCAGCGAAUUGGAAGAGCUGAGGAGGAAGGCAGAGGAGGAGGCCAACCAGCUCAGGUCCAUGGGGACAGAGGAGUCCAGAAAGAAAAAGGAGCUGGUAAUUCAGAUAGAGACCAUAAUCAAGCAGAGAUCUGACGAUGACCUUAAGCACAAGGAGGCCCUGAUGGAGGCUAAUAGAAUUAUUCAGGAAAAGAACAAGGAGAUCACUUUGCUCACUCUGAACCUGGAAGAGGACAGCAGGAAGAGAAAAGCCCUUGAGACCGAAAACUCCAGCCUCAAGCAAAUCCAGAUUGACCUGAAGGCAAAGCAGGCUUCCUCCACUGAGUCCAUCAACAAGUUGAAAGUAACAGAGGAGGAGAUCAGCGUGCUCAGGGUCCAACUGGAGAAGCAAAUGGGCGACAGGAGCAAGGUGGAGCAGUCUGCAGCCAGGCUCCAGAGCAGGGUCGCAGACCUGCAGAAGAUGGUCGAUGCUCUGGAGGCCGAAGCCGAGAAGCACAAGAAGGCCGCGCUGGAGGAGGUUGGCAGGAGGCAGAGGGCGGAGGCGGAGCUAGAGAGGAUGGCGCAGGCUUGCAAGGGGCACACGACCACCAUCACUCUGCUUAAGAAGCAGCAGGAGGAGGCAUCCGUCAUGAGCAGGAAGAAUGACCAGGAACUGCGGAGACUCCAGGAGGCCCUCGACAAGAGUCUGAGGGACCACAAGACUGCCACGGAGAGGCUGAACCAGCUGACUGCCGAACUGAAGGCCCUGCAGCAGCAGCUACUGCAGGAGCAGGCGCGGGUGAAGGAGGCCAACCUCCGUAAUGAGACCCUCUACAAGACUAUCGAGGAGAAGAGCAGGGUUCUGAACGACAACGCCACCGAGAUCGAGAAGCUGCAGAGCCUCACACAGAAGCUGACCAAGGAACGUCUGAAGCUGGAGGAAGAGCUGAGGGCCCUCCGGCAGGAGCGGGACGAGCUGAAGAAGAGCAAGGACAGCAGCAACAGUGAAGCGAUGGCACAGAUAUCAUCCCUGCAGCUUCAGCUACAGAGCAGCAGCAAAACCACCCUUGAGUCCCAGGGGCUGAUUGACGAGCUGUCCCGGGAAAGAGAAAAGCUGAAACUGGAAAUUGAAAAAAUUCAAAAGCAAGCCAUGGAGACAUCCACCAUGAUACACGAAUCUCAAACUCACUACAAUGAGCUCCUGCAAGAAAGGGACAACCUCUUACUUAAGAUAAAACUGAUAGAACAGGACAAGGCCAAGAUGCAGAAGUACGGAGAGGAGCUCAGCCGCAUCAAGGUGUCCCUGGAGUCCGAGGUGCGGCAGAGGCAGCGCCUCCAGGAUGAGAAUGACCAGAUCAGGAAGGAUCUGACCUACUGGAAGAGCCAGUACGAGGUUAAGGAGGGCCUGGUCAAACAGUACGACUCAGAGAAAGAUAAGAUGGAGAGGGAGAGGAGCUCGCUGAAGAUGGAGAUCGAGAGGCUGCUGUCGGAGCUGAAACUGGUGGAGGAAAGGUACAAGAUCAAGCUGCAGAGCACAGAGAAAGAAAUAGUGGACCUGACUUCUUUGAGAGACAGGCUGGAGCUGGAGCUGAGGAAACUGAGGCAGCGUCCGGACGCCUUCAGCAAGCAGACCCAGACUGAGGAGGCCAUGGACAUGGUGGAUGCCUCCAUGCUUGUCUUCGACGGCAUCCGCCGGAAAGUCACGGCCCACCAGCUGUGUGACUGCGGGAUUAUUGACAAGGUCACCCUCAGCCAGCUGAUGAAGGGGAAGAAGACUGUGCCGGAGGUGGCCGUCGACAUCAAGGUCAACCUAAAGGGCACAGGGGUCAUCGCUGGCAUGGAAAGCGGCCCCCAGGGCAGAAUUCCUAUUAUCGAGGCCAAGCACAGAAAUCUCCUCACACCAGAGAGUGCCACCAUGCUCCUGGAGGCACAGGCUGCCACAGGCUACAUAAUUGACCCCAGAACCAAUGAGAAAAUGACAGUGGAUGUGGCCUGCUCCAGGGGCCUUGUGGACGCCCAGGACAGAGACACUCUCAUCAUAGCUGAAAAUGCCUCCAUGGGUUUCAAGGAUCCAGCUACGGGCAAACUGCUGUCAGCGGGGCAGGCGAUGAAGAAAGGCUGGAUUGAUCGGGACACUGCCCUGCGUCUCCUCCAGGCACAGGAGUCUGUUGGAGGCAUCGUUGACCCGGUGCUGAGUGUCUUCCUCCCGAAAGAUGCUGCUGUGGACCGAGAUCUAAUCGAUGAAGACCUCUACAGGGCUCUGAAUAAGAAACCGACAUGCUACAUAGACCCUGCCACAGAGGAGAACACCUGUUACAUCAAUCUGAAGAUGAAGUGCAAAACAGAACCCACCGGAGGUCUGCUCCUCCUUCCAGCCCCAGAGAAACCCCUGACAGUGAAGGGGAUCAGAGGAGAGGUCUCAGUCUCCGAACUAGUUGAUUCCAACCUGCUGGAAAGCUCAGAUUUGGAUAAAUUAAGGGAGGGCAAACUGUCAAGCCAGGACAUUGAGACCAAACUCAGACAAUACCUUCAAGGUUCUACUUGCAUCGCAGGCAUUUAUGAUGAAGCCACUGACAGAGUCAUGCCCAUCUACCAGGCCAUGAAGGAGGGGCUCCUCAGGCCAGGCACAACACUGGAGCUCCUGGAGGCUCAGGCUGCCUCUGGAUUCAUGAUUGACCCCAUCAACAAUAUGUACCUAACUGUGGAUGAAGCAUGGAAAAGAGGCCUCGUUGGCAAGGAGUUCAAGGACAAACUCCUGUCUGCCGAGAGAGCUGUCACCGGAUACACAGAUCCCAACACGGGAAAGAUCAUCUCGCUCUUCCAAGCCAUCGAGAUGGGCCUUAUCGAGAAAGGGCAUGGCAUCAGGCUGUUGGAAGCUCAGAUUGCAAGCGGUGGCAUAAUUGACCCCAAACAGAGCCACCGCAUAGAUGUGGCCAUUGCCUACAAGCGGGGAUACUUUGACGAAGAGAUGAACGAGAUCCUGUCCUACGAAGGUGAUGAUACAAAGGGCUUCUUCGACCCGAACACGCAGGAGAACCUGACUUACCUGCAGCUCAAAGAGAGGUGUGUGAGUGAUGAGAAGACGGGAUUGGUCCUGCUGCCACUGAAGGACAAGAAGAAGCAGCAGCAGUCCACCCAGAAGAACACCCUCCGCAAGCGGAGAGUGGUGAUCGUUGACCCCGACACAAACAAAGAGAUGACGGUGAAGGAGGCCUAUGACAAGCAGCUCAUCGACUACGAGACCUACCUGGAGCUCUCUGGGCAGGAGUGUGAGUGGGAGGAGAUCACCAUCACGGCACCUGACGGCUCCACCCGGCUGGUUGUCAUUGACCAGAAGACGGGCAUCCAGUACGACAUCCAGGAUUCCCUGGAAAAGGGCAUCAUCGACAAGGCCACGUUUGAGAAAUACAAGUCAGGGUCACUGACUCUCACACAGUUCGCGGACAUGAUCACCAACAAAACCCGCACUGAAAGGACUGUGACUUCUAGCAAGGUGGAAACUGUGACUCAUAGCAGCAGGCCCCAGCAACACCCACCGCCAUCGCCAACUACACUCAAGCACAUUGCCAGCGUCUCCAUAACCCUCGCUUCCCCAUCAGAAGUGUUAGGUGACCAAAGCCCCGUGGCAGCCAUAUUUGAUACAGACACUCUUGAGAAAAUAUCCAUCACGGAAGCACUGCACCGUGGGUUAGUGGACUCCAUCACUGCUCAGCGUCUGCUGGAAGCACAGGCCUGCACUGGAGGCAUUGUCGACCUAACCAGUGGCAAGAGGCUUUCAGUGCAAGAGGCAGCACGCCAGGGGAUUAUUGAGGAAGAUAUGGCCACCAGGCUGAAGCCAGCGCAGAAGGCGUACCUCGGGUUUGAGGAUGUCAAAAGCCAGAGGAAGAUGUCGGCGGUUGAAGCGAUGAAGGAGAAGUGGCUGCCUUACGAGGCCGGGCAGAGGUUUCUCGAGUUCCAGUAUGUGACAGGAGGCCUCAUCGACCCUGCGAUUGGUCAGAGGAGGACCUUGGAGGACGUAGUCCAGAGAGGCUGGAUGGACACCAGGGCUGCACAGAAGCUCCAGGACACCAGGCACCACGCCAAGAACUUGACCUGUCCCAAGACCAAGCUGAAGAUUUCGUACAAGGAGGCCACGGACAACUGCAUGGUGGAGGAGGGCAGCGGGAUAAAGAUGCUCCAGGCCUCCUCAAUGUCUUCCAAAGGGAUCAGCAGCCCCUACAAUGUGUCUUCCGCUCCUGGGUCCGCCUCCGGCUCCCGCAGUGGGUCUAGGAGUGGGUCCCGCAGAGGAAGCAUAGACAUGACAACCAGAUACAGCUACAGCUACACCUCCUUCAGCUCCAGAUCUACGUCUUAACACCAUAUUCCACAGGCAACAUCUACAGAUUAACAUAAAAUGACACUCAUUUUUAUGUUUUCAGCUUUGUGUCUUUUAGGAGUGUGGAAAUGACCUAUAAGAAUGGGAUUUUGGGACACACAUUGUGCAGAUAAUGUUGGGUUUUGGUGUCAUUAGAUAAGAACAGGGAAUAUUUAGCCACACCUGGGAAUGAAUUAAUUUGGGGGUUUUUUGUUUAUUUUCAAAUGCUGUUUAUGUUAUGAUGCUCUUGGGAUAAUAGCAUGCUUUUUAUAUUGCUUUUUUGUUUAACCAUGACUCAAUAAUUGUACUUGUUAUCAUGUAAAAGGAGGAACUUAAUUUAGC